AUGCUGCGUCGCCGCGUCUGUGCUACCCCAUCACUCGCCGUCGGCCCGGCGGGGCCGUCGACGCUGUCGUCGACGCCUUCUCCAGCAGACAGCCAACAACGUCGCACACUAAAGACCCUCGAUGUGCGUGAGUAUCGCCCGCUCGGCACCCCCAUCGAGUUCCGCUUCUACCAGCGGUACGCCAAUCACCCCAACCGACAGUCCGGCGUGCAGUUCUUGACCCAUUACAACACGCACCAGCGUUUUCGCGUCAACAAGGACUUCAUUGACUACAUGCACUGGGGCAAGGAGCAAGGGCAGGCGCGUCUGCCGCACCGGCACCAACGCGUCGCUUUCGACUUCGACGACUCGCUGCAGCCGACGCGCGCAGAGGGAGACGUGAGCGCCUGGUUCGCUGGUCAGGAUCCGACGAUGGGGUCGCACCCCGAUAUCUCGACCAGCUUCGAUCCGAACAAGAAGCUCUUCUCGCACCCGGAACACUGGAACAAGAUGUUCUCCAAGCGCCGCCCUGGCGAGGGCGACAUCAAGCUGAAUGUCAUACCCUCCAACAGCCUGCUCGGGCCGAUGGUGACCCACACGGACACACAGGAGAUGGCCUACUUCAAGACCGAAACGUGCGGCCCCACGCAUGGCCGCGUACCGGGUAUCAACGCCCCGUUCAAGGGCGAGAUGGACCGCAAGAUGAUGCAGGCGAUGUCGCGGCCGCUUAACAGCAGCCGCACCCUCACCGGGAAUAACGGGCGCUUUUCCAACACGAUCUUCAUCAACGACCCGAAGCGCCAUCAAACUCUCUCGGCGACCCUUGCCAAGGAGCUGAAUCGCGAGGUCGACAGAGCCACGAAUGGGCUCUACUCCAAGCUGACAGUCCUCACCUCCGCCCAGUCGGGGCUGACAGACUUCUUCUGCGGGGGCGCCGAUCUAAAGAGCAUCGGCUUCGACCUCACCAUGGCACAGCUGCACCGAAAAGAGGCCGCGGAGCUGACCAAGUCGGCCGCGUCGGGGAGCAAGAAAGUGGAGGCCAAGGUGCAGGAGCUGCUCCGAGAUGCGGAGCGCUACGAGGAGCGCGCCGAUUCAGUUCUGCGCGAAAACGCGGCGGUCAUCUGGCGCGCCUACACGAGCCCGCGCGCUCUCAUGACGCUCGUCAACGGCAGGUGCCGCGGCACAGGAUGCGGGCUGGCGCUGGCGGCGAAGUACGCUGGACUGCAAGAUGCCAGCGAGUUUGUCGUUGACGGCCCGAGCGUGGGGCUCACUCCGUACAGCGGGAUGACGCGGCUGCUGGCGCGUCCAGAGACGUCCCUCAAAUACCCUGGGCUGGCAGAGUUCGUGAUGCUCACCGGCACGUCCCUCUUCGCCGGCGACGCGCUGCGGCUGGGUUGGUCGGACCUCUUUACAUCGCUGCCGGACAUGCCUUACCACAUCAAAGACUGGUUCGACAGCACAGAGCACAUGCACAAUGACGCUGUGGCGUGGCAGCUAGGGCACCUGCUCGAGAGGUGCUUCCAGAUGAAGGACCGCUGGCACACAAGCGCGAUGGAGCGCUGCGCUAUGACGCCGAUUCGUGCCCGCUGGGUCGAGGACGCGUUCGCCGACCAGCCCUCCAUCGAAGAGAUCCUGAAGACCCUCAGCGCGAUGGAGAAGCUGCCACUCACGGACCGCCACAACACCCACGAUCCCUCCUACGCCACCCCGUACACGCUUGCAAGCGUGGCCGAAGGAGUAGAAAAGCUGGGUGCGUCACGGCUGCGCUACACCUUGUCGCCGUGGGAUGCGACGCCUCCGGAGGAGGCGGUGGAAGUGCGGCAAGCCGCGGAGAUCUUCACCUCCUAUGUGCUGGAGCGCCGGGGUAAGGUGAACAUCGUGGCGCACCGCGAUCGGCAGAAGGUGCAGGCGUGGCAGAAACAGCGCGAGCGCGAGUACGUGGCGUACAGCAACAUGAAGAGCGCCCCACACCGUCGCCACGUGUAUGCCCGACUAGAGGGGUGCGAGGGGACGCUGGUGGACUUUGACUUCACGAUCGACCCUGCCAGCGACGCGGCGGCCGCCGCUGCCGAGAAGGGUGCCGGCGUAGGCGACAAUAAUGAGCUGGUGCACACAGCCUCGGUGGACCGCCUGAAGCGAGCCGUUCUGCAAGCCAUGGACAUGCCCGCUGAUCGCGAUGUCGACCUCUGUUGGUACCUGCCAACCCUCGACACCUGCCCGAUCCGCAACGACGAGGAGCUGGUCGACGUGCUGCACAGCGACCCUGGCUUCGAGGACCCGAGCGCGCAGUUGCGGUACCCGCCGAUCUACUUUCUCGUAAAGCGCAACUCCCUGCAUCUGUCGGAAUGGGCCUACGCCGUGAAGCAUCAGCUUCUACUGCAGUCGCCGUACGCCCUCAAGGCGACGCUGCAGUUGCUGCAGGAGGUGCGGGGCGACGGCUCCGCCGAGGCGGUGCGCUCGCUCGCCGACACGUUGGCUACGGAGUACCGCUAUGCGACACGCCUGCUGAAGCGGCCCGACUUCUAUCAGGUGGGCCAGCACGUGGACAAGUCGCCCGAGGAGUGGGACGUCGUCAAGGAGGAGCGGGCACGCUACGUGCACAAGGUGCAUCUGCCCACUCGUCCGCUGCCGGACUACGAGAUGGUCUUUGAGCGCAACGUCCAGCUCGAUGGACACACGUUUCAGCUACGACCACGCUGGUCUCCGCGCACAGUACAGGAGGUGACCGCCGAGUCUCUUGCGCCCCUCGCAACCCCGCUCGACUUCGAGAAAGACGGCGCGGUGGAGUUCAACGUCGUUGUGCAUGCCAGCAAGGCGGAUCGGCUGGCUGGUAUGAUUGAGGAUGCCGGCGGCUUUGAGGUAGUCACCCAUCUUGGCGAGGUGGACAAGGACGGCAAUGCCAAGGUGCCGCCGCUGCGUGGCGACGCGCACGUGCCGACGAACGUGAACUUUUACGAGAUGGCCCGUCACCCAUGGGAGGAUACGCCGUCUUCGUGGCGCCGCGACGGCUUCACCGCUGGAUCCAAGGAGUACUUUGAGCAGCAGUACAAGAAGGCGGAGAAGGCCGUGUAUGACGAAGCUAAUCGUGGACAGCGUAACUACUGGCCGUCAAAGGCCGCUGUCGAUGGCUUCACUGGUGAGGAGUCGAAUGCGCUGCUGGAGGAGCGCUUCUUUGCUAAGCUGCGCGAUGCGGAGCGCGGCGUUGAGUCGUGGGCUCGUCAGCUGCGCAAGAAGGCCGUCGAAGGCAAGCUCGACAACAAGACCGAGAUUGCGACGCAGCAGGAGAAGAUCUACGAUGACGAUUAUUACCGCUGGUUCAUUCAGCCUGGGCACAACCCGAACCCCUCUGGCCUGCUUCGCGGACGCAAGGGUGCCGACAGCGGCAGCAACUCCGUGGACAAGGACCUGGAGGUGUUCCUCAACCAGCUGUUGAGUGGGGUCGCGGAGCGGGGGGCUGACGGCUCUGCUGGCGAUGAAGGUGACGCGCUUAUUUUGCCCGAGGACGCCGACGAGGCUGCUGAUAGUGCGUGA